CCGACCCCAGCGGCUCCCCCCCGUCCUCCUCCGCCGCGUCCCCGUCCUCGCCGCUCCAUGGAGUCCCAGUGUGACUACUCGAUGUACUUCCCGGCCGUGCCGCUGCCGCCGCGCGCCGAGCUGGCGGGAGACCCGGGCCGGUACCGGGCGCUGCCCCGCCGCAAUCAUCUCUACCUGGGGGAGACUGUCCGCUUCCUGCUGGUGCUGCGCUGCCGGAGCGGCGCGGGCUCCAGCGCCGGAGGCGGCCCGGGUUCCCGAGGGGCCUGGGCAGAACUGGCCACCGCCCUGGCCGCCCUGGCCUCGGUCAGCGCCGGAGGCGGAGUGUCGGGGGGCGGUGGCGCCGGCGACCAGGAUCCCGAGCCCCCGGGAGGAGGGGAUCCCGGAGGUGGAGGGGGUGUGUUCCGAGGCUGCAGCCCCCUUCUCACCCAUGGCCCGGGCCCUGCUACCUCAGGGGGAGCGACCACGCUGCCUGUGGAGGAACCAAUCGUGUCCACAGAUGAGGUCAUCUUCCCACUCACUGUCUCGCUGGAUAGACUGCCCCCAGGGACACCGAAGGCCAAGAUUGUAGUGACCGUGUGGAAGCGGGAGGUGGAGGCACCCGAGGUCAGAGACCAAGGCUACCUGCGCUUGCUGCAGACCCGGUCUCCCGGGGAGACCUUCCGGGGGGAGCAGAGCGCCUUCAAGGCCCAAGUGAGCACCCUGCUGACUCUGCUGCCCCCUCCCGUUCUGAGAUGCCGGCAGUUCACUGUGGCUGGGAAGCACUUGACAGUGCUCAAGGUGCUCAACAGCUCCUCCCAGGAGGAGAUCUCCAUCUGGGAUGUCCGAAUCCUCCCCAACUUCAACGCCAGUUAUCUACCUGUCAUGCCCGAUGGCUCUGUGCUGCUGGUGGACAACGUGUGUCACCAGUCUGGGGAGGUCUCCAUGGGCUCCUUCUGCCGACUGCCCAGCACCUCUGGCUGCUUCCCCUGCUCACUCAGUGCCCUGGAAGAACACAACUUCCUGUUUCAACUGCGAGGGGAUGAGCAGCCCCCUCCAGGGGCCAAGGAGGGCCUGGAGGUUCCCCUGAUUGCUGUGGUCCAGUGGUCCACCCCAAAGCUGCCGUUCACCCAGAGCAUCUACACCCACUACCGCCUGCCCAGUGUCCGACUGGACCGUCCAUGCUUUGUGAUGACCGCUUCUUGUGAGUCCCCCGUUCGGACCUACGAGCGUUUCACUGUCACCUACACGCUACUCAACAAUCUGCAAGACUUCCUUGCUGUGAGGCUCGUGUGGACCCCAGAGCACGCACAGGCCGGAAAGCAGCUGUGUGAGGAGGAGCGCCGGGCCAUGCAGGCAGCGCUGGACUCCAUUGUCUGUCACACGCCCCUCAACAACCUGGGCUUCUCCCGCAAGGGCAGCGCACUCACCUUCAGUGUGGCUUUCCAGGCGCUGAGGGCAGGGCUCUUUGAGCUGAGCCAGCACAUGAAGCUGAAGCUGCAGUUCACUGCCAGCGUGUCCCACCCGCCGCCCGAGGCCCGGCCCCUGUCCCGCAAGAGUAGCCCCAGCAGCCCCGCCGUCCGGGACCUGGUGGAGAGGCACCAGGCCAGCCUGGGUCGCUCUCAGUCCUUCUCCCACCAACAGCCUUCCCGCAGCCACCUCAUGAGAUCUGGCAGUGUGAUGGAGCGACGGGCAAUCACGCCCCCUGUGGCCUCCCCCGUGGGCCGCCCUCUCUACCUGCCCCCGGACAAGGCUGUACUCUCUCUGGACAAGAUUGCCAAGCGCGAGUGCAAGGUCCUGGUGGUGGAGCCCGUCAAAUAGCACUGUGCAACUCUGCCCCCGCUUACACUCCAGAAGCCUGAGGCGCUGCAGGGCCCCGGCUGCCCUGGGAUGCCUCCCAUGGUGGACAGAGAGGCCCCGUAGGGCCGCUUGUCUGUGUCUGCUGACCAGGGCCUAGGGCGAGGCGGGAACUGGGCCAUGUGGCCAUAGCAUUAAGCCAAUAGUAUUGCCCCAGGUCCUGGGGGGCCGGUCCCACCCCAGGCCAGGGCAAGGGCGCCAGGAGCUCCCCUGCCUCCACCCCACCCUGGUUCUACGUUUACAAGGUAUUUUCUCAUUCUCAUGUUCCUUCCUGCCCCCAACACUCCCUCCCUCCCACCCAGAGGGCCCACAUUAGAGGGUGGUGAUGGUAAGGGGCCUUGACAAUGACUCUCUUGUCUCAGGGGCUGGGGAGACAGUGAGGUGGCCUCCUCCUGCCCCUCAUGUUUACGUUGGCAGCCAGCCUGAAGCACUUUAAGUUGUGUAUUUUUUUUUUCCUUGGUCCCUGUAACUUAUUCUCCAACCACUACUUCCAACUGAAGUGAGCCUAUUAAAUGCCUGUCCUGGAGGGAG